AUGGGGGGAUGGGUUAGGAACGGAGCGGAGAGGAUGGGAUGCGAUGAGAUUGCGAUUGACAAAUGCCAAAAUACGCACUGGACCGAAACGAAGCGGCGAGGAGGAUGGGAUGGGUUCGGAACGGACCGGAAGGGAACAGAGUCGACAGGAUGGGGUGUGAGAAGAUCGAAUCGGUUAAGAAUGGACCGAAACGGAGCGGAGAAGAUUGGGUGGGAAGCGAUCGGAUGGGUUAGGAACGAGACGGGUGGGAACAGAACGGAAAAGAGGGGAUUGCAUUGGAACUGA